AUGGGACCCAGCAGAUGCAUCUGGGAAGGUUGGACCUUGGAGAGUGAGACUCUGAUGCGAGGGAUGGGCACCUGGCUCCUGGGCUGCGGCUGGGUCGUCUUGGGAGUCCUGGCACCAGGGGAAGGAGGAGGGCUGGGGGCUGGAACUGUCACCUGCCUCACCAACAACAUCCUCAGGAUUGACUGCCACUGGUCUACCCCAGAGCUGGGCCAGGGCCCCAGUCCCUGGCUCCUCUUCACCAGCAACCAUGCGCCGGGCAGCAAGCACAAGUGUGUCUUCUGGGUCAGCGCGUGCACUGUGGUGCUGCCGCCCGAGGAGGUGCUUGUGCCUUCUGACAACUUCACCAUCACUUUGCACCGUUACAUCUCUGGGAAGGAACAGGUCAGCCUGGUGGACCCCCAGUACCUGCCCCGGAGACAUGUGAAGCUGGACCCUCCCUCUGACUUGCAGAGCAAUGUCAGCUCUGGCUCUUAUGUCCUUACCUGGAGCAUCAGUCCUGCUUUGGAGCCGUUGGCCUCGCUACUCAGCUAUGAGCUGGCCUUCAAGAGGCAGGAAGAGGUUUGGGAGCAGGCCCAGUGCAAGGGCCACAUCACUGGGGUGAACCGGCUCACCCUCGAAGCUGUUGAAUUGGGCGGCGAUUCCACCUAUGAGGCCAGGCUGCGCGUCCAGUUGGCCACCCUGGAGAAUGCUGUCACGGAGCAGGAGCGCUACGAGGGCCAGUGGAGCGAGUGGAGCCAGGCCGUGUUCUUCCCUUCUCUCCAGAGACAGGACACUCUGAUCUCGCCUUUGGGGCAGCCCAACAGCAUCCUCGUCGCUGUGACCAUUUUUCUCCUGCUGACCAGCAUGACUUACCUAUUGUUCAAGUUGUCACCCAGGGUGAAGAGCACCUUCUACCAGAAUGUGCCCUCUCCAGUGGCAUUUUUCCAGCCUCUCUACAGUGUGCACAACGGGAACUUCCAGACCUGGGCAGGGGCCCACAGAGCUGGCAUGCCGCUGAGCCAGGACUACGUCGGCGCCCCACACGGAGCCUUGGAGUCCAGUGUCCAAGAGGCCAUCACGUCGCUUACCUAUGACCCGGCGGAUUCCUGGCCAUCUGUGGGCCUGGAGGAGGAGGAAGGCACUGGCACCGGCCUCCCAGCAGACGUGUCAUCAGCAGUCCUGGGAUGGGAAGGGCAGCUGCAGGCCUACCUGCCACAGGAGGAAUGGGUCCUUGUGAGCCCCACCAGGCCAGCUCCCCCACAGUCAGAGGGCAGUGGCAGUGACUACUGUGCCCUGCCUAAGGGGUGCCACCCGUUGACCACUCCAGGAAACACACAGAGCUCUGAGCCUAUCCCAGCCUUAGCCUGUGGCCUUUCCUGCGACCAGCAGAACUUGGAUGCUCAGCAAGGAGCGAGCUGUGUGGGAGCUGGUCCCAGGCAGAGACAAGGCCCUGGUGAACAGGCCACAUGA